AUGUUCGCGGCGUAUAGAACCGAUAAAGAAUCGUCUUCACGUGGAACAGUUGAGCCGAAAACCGAAGUGGUUGAUGAUGAUGAUAAUGUCGUGGUGGUGGAUGGGGUGCUUAUGACCGAAGGUGAAUAUAAAAAGGAAAGAAUCAGGGAAUUGGAACAUAAGCACAAACUGGUAAAAAAGAUAGAUGAAAGACAAGAAAAAGUAAAAGAAUUACUUGCUCUCCGUAGAGUAGGCGAUAUUAGCUCGGAUUCUAGCGAUGAAGGACCAUCGACCAAACUGCCUGAAGUCAUGCAAAUCACUAAUGAAGAUUUGGCAAUGCUAAGAGGAUCGAUAAAACCAUUAAAAAGACCGCUUCGAUUUUCUUCGUUUCCUGAAGUUAAAAAAGAGGAGGACUCGUCUUCAGAUAUUGAGAGAAAACGAAAGAAAAAGGAGCAUCGGCGACGAUCGCCGGAUGAUUGGAGGAAGCGCGAAAAUCGGAAAAAGUCUAAGAAGAAGAAGAAGAAACGAUCGAGAAAGUCAAGCUCGUCAGAUUCUUCUGACUCCUCCAGUGAAGAUCAACUUCAACAAAGGAAAUGCGAUGUGGAGAAUUAUACGAUUGGAUUCCCGGUUCGAGAAAAAUCGAAAGUUUUCUACAAUUUCCGAUAUGUUCUAGGAAGCUCAAAAGAAUCAUUAUUCUAUGAAAUUUAUGCGAGAGAUGUUCCGCAACCGAAAAAGAAGAAAUCGUUACGCUCAUUUUAUGAAUCACUUGAAGCCUCAUCGAAACAUGUUCCUCAAGAAACGAAAUUUCGGAAGAGAAUCUUCGAUAUUUAUCAGAAUAUUGGGGUUGUUCCAAUUUCGCAGCAACCAUUUCUCGAUUUCGAUUAUGAGUACGAGAGAAAUGAAAAAGAGCAAAAUCAGGAGAAAAUGCGCAAAGAACUUACCAACGAGGGAUAUGUUGUUGUGGAUGAUACGAUUAUCAAAGAAAUUUCGGAUCUCGACAUGCGCGGUCAAGCAAUGAACGUAAAGUUGAGCAAAGAGCCGACGAAUGUGAACCUAUGGAUCGAUUUUGUGAAUUUGCAAGAAGAAAUUUUUGAGAAGCGAAAGAGGCAGUCGAUACAAGGGGCGCGACAGACACAUUUGGAACGGAAAGAGGAGAUUCUGAAAAAAGCGAUCGAGAAGAAUCGGCGAGUCGCCGCGCUUCAGAUGAUGAGAAUUGAUGUGAUGAUUGAGAUGGGAAAGGAUUCAAAAUUGGUACUUGACGAGUAUAAAAAGGCAGUUCAUAUGUUUCCCCACGAGUCGCUGGUAUGGGUACGGUAUCUGGAUUAUAUUCAGUAUAACAAUAAUGUAUAUCGAUUUGAUCUAUUGGAUAAAGCAUUUGGGUACUGUAUGGAAAAACUGCGGGGACUUAUUGAUGGGACCUUACAAUCUCAUGCGGCUUUGGUUAAAGAUUUUAAGAAACUCCACAAAUUUCAACUUUAUGUUUAUAUUCGAUAUUUGAAAUGGCUUUUGAGCAGUGGGCAAAUACCAUUGGCGAUUGCGAACAUUCAGGCGUCGCUCGAGGCCAAUUUUGGGUUUGGUCCCGAGUUCCGAAAAUUGAAAUACACCGAACAACUAGAGAAAUUGAAAAUGUUUUGGGACUCGAAAAUGCCGCGAAUUGGUGAUUCUGAAGCAAGAGGCGCUGAGAAUGAGCUGAAACGGGCUGCUGAAAUGCCGAGUGCUUUAAUUCAGAAGCUGGAAUUGAAGAAUUAUGAGAUUUUUCUGUACGAUGUGAAGACAUGCGUUGACUCAUGUUUGGAAAGGAAUCGCGAGAUUUCAGAAAAUUGGGUUGAUUUUGAGCGUCAAAUGAUGAAUAUUGAUGGAAGAGUGAAACGACACGAGCUUUUUUUAUUCCAGGAAGAAUAUAAGGAGGAUUUCGAGACGUUUAGUCUGUGGGAACCGAUUAAAUUCGAGAUGUUACGCGUUUACUUCAACCCUGAAUCGGAUUUCGAAUUUGUGCAGCCAAUUUUGGAGAUUCUUGGACUAAAAUUCCAGAAAAGUAGCGGUGUUUGGAAUACGACAGAGCAGAUCUUGAAUGAUUGGAUUGUCAAAAAGAACUAUGAUAUUGCUCAGAGUUGCGAAUUGCCAAUCAUUUCGUCGCAUUUUGAGAAGAUUUGUAAGAAAGUGGCGCUCAAUAUCGCCACCUAUCUAGUAAAGCAUAAAUUUGGCACCGACAAGGCAGAUUUUGUGCCCAAUGAAUACGGAAUUCAACUAAUUAUGGCUGUUGCGAUGACAGAGGCUGGAGAACUAGAAGCCGAAGAAGAAAUGUGGAAGAUCAAUAAGAAAUGGCUGAAUCGACUGCUUGGAUCAUUGGAAGAGUUUGAUGAGGAUAUUAAGAUUGGCAAUAAUGUGUUCUUAACGACCAUCAAAUUAUUGAUAACCCAGAAAUUCGUUGAGUGGCUGAGAGCCGCGCGGCAGGAUUAUUCGAGAAUUAAGCGGGAAAUUGAAUGGUUCAAUUCGAGAAAAAUUUUGACCGAAUUGUAUGUUGAUGAAAAUGAUGAAAGUCGAAUUUUCAAAAAAAUUCCAAAAUUGAUAUCAAAGAUUCUUGAGGAAAAUGCGCCGAUUUAUCGAGUUGGAGAAGAAUCGAGAUUUAAAAAAUCGCCAACUUUAUUCAAUCUUCAAAUUCAUUUGUUUGGAUUAUUGCUUCGUGUUUUUGUUUUAUCCUCGGCUGAAGACAAGAAGUCGGUUCAAAUAUUAAUUUAUUCGCAGUUGAUGGAGAAAUUGUGCAAUGAAGUGACAGACGAGCAAACAGCGGAGAUGAAGUCGUUCCUAGGGAGUCUGCACAGCCAUCUUUGCGAGAAAGAGAAAACGGAAUUGGCCGGGUCUCCAGAUGUUUCUAUUCGCAUUCUUCCAAACGCGAGCACGCUUUGUGUUUGUUUGGUAAUUGCCCAUGAAUUUGCUUUAUUUGAUGAGAACAAACAUGGGCAUUUUAUCCAUCUUUCAACCGAUGUUAUUGAGCAGGCGAUAAAUCUUCGGAAUACAAAGCCUUCUGAUUCCAUUCUUCUCAUUGACACUCUUCUUUACUACUUGACUGAAGUUAAAGAUCGCCAAAAAUUGUUGUUUGAUUGCUAUAAGUAUGUAGUCGGAGCCGCGCAAAGUAUAUUCCCUUGUGAAGCGAAAUAUACAAAGAGAUAUGUCGAUUUGAAUUGCUCUUCAACUGUCCAGCACAUUGAGCUUUUGAAAUCGAUAAAUUUGCAGAGGCAAAAGCUGAAUGAUGAACGAAAAUUGGCGUUUGACAUUUAUCAUGAAAAUUCGUUGCUUCAACUCGCCAUUGCUACCAUUUACAGCUCUUCUAUGCGAUUUUCUAAGCUGAACGAGUUAGCUUCAUCGGGAUCUUUGAUAAAGAAAGCGAGAAGUGAAGCAUUGCUAGCGCGCGAUCCGACGAUUUGGAGGUUGACUAUGCAAUUGGCGGCGAGAUUCAACAAUAUGGAUGAAGUCUCGCAGUUGCACGUAAUGGCGAAUGGCCAGUGUCCAUGGUCGCGCAAUGUUCAUAUAGACAAUGUUGCUAUUCAGAAGAAGACUGAAGUACUCGAAAAUAUGAUGCUUCUUAUGCUCGAGGGUGGUUCGAUGCAUACAUCGUUCAUUGACGACGUUGAAGUUCUCACGGCUUACAAGGAAUCGGCACUACGCCCUCAGUAG